AGAGAGAAAGUGGAAAAGAGAAGGAGAGAGAAGGAGAGAAGAAGAAAGAGAGGGGGAGAGAGCGAGAGAGCGAGAAUGAAAGUGAAUAAGGAACAGAAGGCAACGGCAGAUCAAGAAAAAAAAAAGCCAACGAACGAAGAGUAACAAAACGCUGACAGAUUACUGUGACGUGUACACAGUUUACUGACCUUCCGUAGUAGCCAUAUUUGGAAAUUGAAAGUGUUUAACUAACUCAAACAGACGAUCCUGGAAGCACUGUGCGAAAGUUUGAACUGAUCCUUUGCAUUAAUAUACAACAGCAUAUCAUAUAGAAACAGAGUCAGCUGGAGAUCGUCGAUUGAAGUACUAGAUACCUAUCCUGUAAGGAAGGGAUCAAAGUCUGUGCUGAUCAUUCAAUUUUGAUUCUUGCUGUUGCUAUUACAGUAGCUUGACUAUAAAAAGCUAAUCUUGCCUGUUUCUUUCGAUCACUGUUAUAUAUUAAGCUGUGCAAAAAUUAUUCAAGACAGUUAAGUUGAGAAAAAAAAUUUAAAUACCGCCUCAAGCCAAACUGCGAAAAUGGACAGCGACGCAGGAGCAGAGAAGUCUGUGAGCUUCAUGAGUAUUCGGAACACUUACAAAUACAUUGAGACAUACCUUGGAGCCUCGAAGACUGCAAAACACAGACAGUCUGUCGACCUGGAGCGUAUGUUUUUUGGGAAACAUGACAGCAGUGAAAAGUCGGAAGAUGGAAAUUCUGGUAGUGGAACUGACGACGAGAAAGACAAAGGCGAUGGAAGUGAUGAUGAUGCAGGGGAAAAGAGAAGCACUGGAGGAAAAAGUACAGACUCAGAGGUCUCAAGGUCCGGAGUCCACAGCGCCAACUCGAACGAAGACAGCAAGUCCUGGUCUACUGUGGACGUGAGUCUAGCACACGCAAAUCUUUAUUACUUAUUUCUCUUUAUUUUUGUAUACUCUGAUACAAACUAUUUUAGUUAGCUACCCUGCGGAG